CGAGGGUUAAGCAGCAUCUACACCCACAAUCCUUUGCCCUUUCAGCCAAGCUAACCAGCUCACCGGGAAAUUCAGCAGUGAAGGCAUGGCAAAUGUAUCCUCCAUUCUCAUCCGCUUCUAUGCCAAGGGAGCUCUCCUAAAAGCCCCAGCAGCACAUGGGCCCUUCAUCAGCGGAGGCCAUGGAUGUCCUGACGUCUACGACUUUUGGCCCCUUGAAGCGUAAAGUACGACGGACCAAGAAACCUACAGAGAUUAUUAAAACCAAGCUUCAGCAAAACCUCUCCUGCUCAGCAUCCAAAGUGAAGAACAUUCUAACAGGUCUCUUCCCUGUUGUACAAUGGCUUCCAAAAUACAAGGUAAAGGAUUACAUAUGGGGAGAUAUGAUGUCUGGACUGAUAGUCGGCAUCAUAUUGAUCCCACAAGCCAUAGCAUAUUGCCUGCUGGCUGGCUUGGAUCCAAUCUACGGCUUGUAUACGUCCUUUUUUUCAAACAUCAUAUACUUUUUCAUGGGGACAUCGAGACAUGUUUCUGUGGGUAUCUUCAGUCUCAUGAGUCUGAUGAUUGGACAAGUUGUGGAUCGAGAGGUCUACCUAGCAGGCUUUGAUUUAAGCGAAGACAUUAAGCAAAAUGCAUUUGAUGGGUUAAAUGGAACCGGGGAAAUCAACACAACAGUAGUCAACUUGAAGAUGUUGGGAUUGAAUAUGGAAUGUGGAAAGGAAUGUUAUGCCAUCAGCAUCGCUACAGCUGUAACCUUCCUUGUUGGAGUCUAUCAGGUGCUGAUGGCUGUGUUUAGACUGGGCUUUGUUUCAGUUUAUCUCUCCGCCCCUAUGCUUGACGGCUUCGCCACUGGUGCGUCAUGCACUAUCCUCACUGUCCAGGCUAAGUACUUGCUUGGCCUCAAGAUCCCUCGCCACCAAGGAUAUGGCACGGUUGUGAUCACCUGGAUCAACAUCUUCAAAAACAUUCACAACACAAACUUUUGCGAUUUGAUAACAAGUGCCAUUUGUAUCAUAGUAUUAGUUGCAGGAAAGGAGCUCCAGGAUCGAUACAAAGACCGUUUGAAGAUCCCGCUGCCUACUGAACUGGUAGUUGUGGGACUUGCAACUAUAGUGUCCCACUUUGCAGAUCUAAACGGGCAAUACAGCUCCAGUAUCUCAGGUGCCAUUCCAACUGGUUUCAUCCCACCGAAGGUGCCUAGCUUUGAACUGAUGCCCAGGGUAGCAUGGGAUGCCAUUCCGCUUGCGGUCAUCAGUUUUGCAUUUACGGUUUCCCUGUCUGAGAUGUUCGCCAAAAAGAACGGUUACACAGUUAGGCCCAACCAAGAGAUGAUAGCAAUCGGGUUCUGCAACAUCAUUCCGUCUUUUUUCCACUCUUUUACUACAAGUGCAGCUCUUGCUAAGACAAUGGUGAAAGACUCAACAGGUUGCCAGACCCAGAUCUCGAGUCUUGUGAGUGCCUUAGUGGUUCUACUGGUUCUUCUCUUUUUUGCACCCUUUUUCUACGCCCUGCAGAAAUGUGUAUUGGCCUGCAUCAUCAUUGUCAGCUUGCGGGGUGCCCUGCAUAAAUUUAGAGACGUCCCUAAACAAUGGCGAGAAAGCAAGAUCGAAGCAAUCGUGUGGAUGGUGACCAUGUUAUCGUCCGCUCUUAUUAGCGUGGAGCUUGGAUUGCUGAUCGGGGUGGUCUUUUCUUUGAUUUGUGUAGUGGUUCAGACUCAAAAUCCUAAAGUUGCAUUGCUGGGACAAAUUGAACAAACCAAUGACUAUGAAAAUAUGGGGGAGUACGAGAAUCUUUCACCUGUACCAAAAGUGAAGAUCUUUCGUUUUCAGGCACCACUGUUUUAUGCUAACAAAGACAUCUUUCUGAAGUCAUUGUAUAAAGCAGUUGGUCUCGAUCCGUUCAGUGAAAUGACCCGUAGACGAAAACUGGAGAAAAAAGCUAGAGAAAAGGCACUCAAGAAGGGUGACGGAGUGGAUCAAACAAAGGGAGACAUCAGUAUAAAUUUGAUUUCAAAAGAGUUGGAUUUUCAUACUAUCGUCUGGGACUGCUCUUCCAUUUCAUUCAUAGACACAACAGGAGUGAGCACCCUUAAAAUGGCAUUAAAGGACUAUAAUAAUAUCGGUGUUAAUGUAAUUCUGGCUUGUUGCAACACAUCAGUCAUAGAUUCUUUAGCGAAAAGUUCGUUUUUUGGGCCUGCUGAUCAAGACAUGGCAAGACUGUCAUUCCAUACCGUCCACAGUUCUUUUUUUUUUUUCACUGGUACGGCACAACCAGUUAAUGACUCACCUGUAUAAUGUGUCCACAAAAUCUUCUCCCUAUUUUCUGUAAAAACAUUACAAAAGUUACCUUCCUGGAAAAUGCCCACAUGUGAAACAGGUUUAUGAUAUCAUUGUUAAAUAACCCUUUAAAAAUCCCUUUGAGACAAAGCUGAAGUGUAGGUUUUCUGUUUCUGAACACACUCAGGGUUGUUUUUAUAGAUACUAUGUAGUAUUUCCAAAUACUUAAUGCAUUAUGAAUGCAUUAUGAGGCCUUUUGUGUAAACUUUUGUGUAUUGUUUUUUAAAUAUUUUACAAAAAAGAAAAAAGACAUGGCAAAGUCAUAUCUGUAAUGUCAAGCAUCAUUAUUUACAACUGUUUGAAAAGUUUACAUGAUGUGACGGACUGUGAAAUAUCUGUGAUUCUGACGCACAACUUUCUAUGAAUUAUAAAAAAACAUCAGUGGCAUUUUACAAACACUGUGUGGUGAAUAUGUUAUUGUAUUUUAUCAAAAAUAUGUACAAAAAUGGCAACAAAUAUUACAAUCUACAACACCCAAUAAAUAAGCUGUGAUUUCUUUGUUAUACGUUUUUUAAAUAUCAUGUCUGUUUAAUGGUCUUGAGAAAAUAAAAGACGAAUUCCUCCAAGAAAUUCCAAUAAAUUGUU